AACGAGCGACCAGACAGCGGCUUUGAAGUCUCAUUCACGGCCUGGAACUUCGUCGCCACGCGUGAGCGGUUGCUCGAAGAAGGCGCAGUCGAACCGGAGGUUCAGAGUCGCGCAGUCGGCUCGCUCAACUUCCUAGCCUUCAAUUCUGGGGAACGGGUGGAAGUCAGCGAGCAGGAUGGCGGCCGCAGGGCAAUCAGGCGGCUUCUAUGAGCUGUAUCGACGCAGCAGCAUUGGUGUCCACCUUACUGAUGCGCUCGAUGAACUCAUUCAGUCAGGCCACAUCAACCCCGUCCUGGCUAUGAAGGUGCUGACACAGUUUGACAAGUCGAUCGCCGAGACUCUCAACAAGAACGUAAAGGCAAAGUGCACAAUCAAGGGCCACCUCCAAUCGUACAAUCAUUGCUACGAAGUUUGGACCCUCAAAGUGACCAAAGGCCACCUCAAAAUGGACAACAACGAGAUCAUUCCCAUCGACAAUGUCAAGAUUGUCGCUUGCAAAGUGCCUGAGAGCACUGGAAAAUGAUUCGUCGGUUGGUCUCUCAAGUCGUGUACAGGUGCUCGUGCCACUUUUGCCGCCACAGCCGCGAGCGCUCUUCCAACCCCAGGCAUAUCACCGUUUUUUUUUUCACAAGCUGUAUCAAUAGCGAGGGUUGUACUAUAGAUAACGACAUUAAGAACCAAUCAUACACGCAGAAGCGGCGCUCGAGGCUCUGCAGGGUAAACUUGGAAUGCAAUGGU